AUGAAAGUUGACGACGUGCCACGGCCUGCAUGUCAGGACAUUGUGUCGAUGAAGGCGCAGGUGCCAGACGCAAUUUUCAAGAAGGCAUCAACAUUGACAGCGGAUGCGCCUCCCAUGUUGGACAUGGGUGCUGUCCAGAAGGCUGGAGUCUUGCUGUCAAACAGAUCUCCUCACAGCUUGCGUGGCUGCGAGGCUGCUGAUCUUAUAAACAAGGCUAAGCGUCCAAUCUUGUAUGUGGGCGCAAGCCAUUGCCCAGAAGUGUUGGCGCAGCUGGCAAAGAAGGCCAAGAUACCCGUGACGACAACAGUUGCAAGCUUACUUUGCAGACGGUUGAUUCCUCUUGCUCCAUGUCAUCUGCAUGCCAAGUGCCAUGGCAUGGGCAUUUUCGACGAGCGCGAGCCUUUGUCGUUGCACAUGCUUGGCAUGCACGGGGCAGCAUAUGCCAACUUCGCAAUCCAGAACUCAGACUGCAUCAUUGCUGUAGGUAGCAGAUUUGAUGAUCGCACGACCGGCAUAGUGGCAAAGUAUGCGCCCAAGGCAAAAGCAGCUGAGAAGGAAGGCACUGGCGGCAUCAUCCACAUCAACAUUGACAAGUCUUCGUUUGGGAAGGUCGUCCAGCCGACUGUUGCGGUCUGGGCAGACACAGAGCAUGCACUUCAGGCUUUGGAACCUCUUGUGUCUGCCGGAGAUCGUGAGGAUUGGCUGAAACAAUGUCAGGACUGGAAGGAGCAACAUGCCUUCGAUUAUGUCAAAGCUGCUGGUGGACAGAUCAAAGUGCAGCAGGUUCUAGCUGAACUCAACAGAUAUCUUCACGAACAAGAUGUUUUCAGCAAGAAAAACGUCUUUGUCGCGACGGGCGUCGGCAACCACCAGAUGAUGGCAUGUCAAUUCCUGCGAUGGAUCAAGCCACGAACCUUCAUCACCAGUGGCAGCUUGGGCGUCAUGGGGGCGGGACUUCCGUUUGCCAUUGGCACACAGGUGGCCAACCCCGAGGCUAUGACAAUCUUGAUCGAUGGGGAUGGCUCAUUUGGCAUGACCAACAUGGAUCUUCAGACUGUGAAGAGGUACAACUUGCCCAUAAAAAUGGCAGUGAUGAACGAUGACAGGCAGCAGAUGGUUUGGGUAUGGCAGCGUUUAUUCUUUGAGGGACGAUACAUUAGCGUCACCAACUCGAACCCAGAUUUUGUCGCACUGGCCAAGGCUUAUGGAAUACAUGCGGUCCAAUGCGACAACGAGGAGGACUUGCCAAAGGUCAUCCAAGAGUGGAUGACGCACGAUGGCCCCAUGCUCGUCGACUUCAAAGUAGUUCCUGACAUCUGCUUACCGAUGGUCGCGCCAGGGAAGGCCUUAGAUGAGAUGAUUUUGCUACCAGACAGAGAUGCCGUUCUCGGGACUGAGGAGGCGCCAUGA